GCGGGCGAUCCGGGCGGCGGGCGCUCGGGCCGGGCGGGGGUCGCGGGCAGGGGGCGCCGCCGGAGCGGCUCCGCGCGCCUCCCUCGCAGCGGCGGCGGCGGCGGGCCGCGGAACCGGCGCGGCCAUGGCUUCGAGCGCUCCGCAGAAGGAGAACACGCUGCUGCACCUCUUCGCCGGCGGGUGCGGGGGCACCGUGGGCGCCAUCUUCACGUGUCCACUCGAAGUCAUCAAGACGCGGCUACAGUCUUCAAGGUUAGCCCUCGGGACAGUCUACUACCCUCAGGUGCACCUGGGGACCAUCAGCGGAGCUGGAGUGGUGAGACCAACGUCGGUGACACCAGGACUCAUCCAGGUUCUGAAGUCAAUCUUGGAGAAGGAAGGACCAAAGUCACUCUUCAGAGGCUUGGGUCCAAACUUGGUUGGAGUUGCACCGUCCAGGGCUGUGUACUUUGGGUGCUACUCCAAGGCCAAAGAGCAGUUCAACGGCAUCUUCGUGCCCAACAGCAACGUGGUGCACAUCUUCUCGGCGGGCUCUGCAGCUUUUGUCACGAAUACCCUAAUGAAUCCCAUAUGGAUGGUUAAGACCCGGAUGCAGCUAGAACGAAAAGUGCGGGGCUCCAAGCAGAUGAACACGCUGCAGUGCGCGCGCUACGUGUACCAGACCGAGGGCAUCCGCGGCUUCUACCGGGGCCUCACGGCCUCCUACGCCGGCAUCUCGGAGACCAUCAUCUGCUUCGCCAUCUACGAGAGCCUGAAGAAGUACCUGAAAGAAGCCCCCUUCGCCUCUGCCACCGGCGGGACCGAGAAAACGUCCACGAGUUUCUUUGGACUCAUGGCAGCUGCGGCCCUCUCCAAGGGCUGCGCCUCCUGCAUCGCGUACCCCCACGAGGUCAUCAGGACGCGGCUCCGUGAGGAGGGCACCAAGUACAAGUCCUUCCUCCAGACGGCGCGGCUGGUCUUCCGGGAAGAGGGGUACCUGGCGUUCUACCGAGGACUCUUUGCCCAGCUCAUCCGGCAGAUCCCCAACACGGCCAUCGUGCUGUCCACUUACGAGCUCAUUGUGUACCUGUUAGAAGACCCUUCUCAGUAGCAGGCCUGAAACUUGUGCUCUAGAAGAAUAAAACUGAAAAACUCCAGAAAAAAAAAAUUUUUUUUUUUCAGUUGAUGUGUAGAAUGUUUGAGCCUGAGACAGGAAGGCCACAGACUGGCUGCCCAGAGCAGCUGCAGACGUCGCCGUGGAGCCUGGUUUCUGGACAGUGAGACAGUGACACUCGUGACUUAGAGUUCAUUAAAACUUUUUUUUUUUUUAACUUAAAUACCCAGGAUUAAGCCGCAGACUAAAUUAAAUCAUGCUAUUUAAUUUAAGUAUGAAUCUGGCUUGUGUUCUCUUGUGUUCACGGUGCCGUAAACGCUGGCCGAGGGCUUCGGCGGAACGGCCCUCAGCUUGUCUCCGACCCGAGGCCACGCUGCGUGGCGGGUCAGAAGUGCCGCGUUCAGCGGCUUGGCACAGACUGAGCCCAGCCUCCCCGCUGUCUUCCCACCACCCUUGAACAUUUCCAGGCCGCACCUUUCCGGCACCAAGCACUUGAGACUGCACCCCUUUUUCUGAUGUCCUUCUCUUCUCUCGGCACCAACCCCAAAGGUAGACGUUUUCAAGAACUGUGCCAGCUGCCAUGUUCUGGUUGGUGCUUCUCGAAGGUGGGUGUGGCUGUGGCCCUCUGGGCCGGAGCGUGCUGCCUGGCACCCCCCUCGAGCUCCGGGCCAUAUUUGGGUCUUUCCUGCUUAAUGAGGAGCAGAUGCAAAGUCGGGGGGUCACUGCCCACCUGACCAGAGGGGUGGUGUUACCUGGAUACCAGGCUCAGAAUAAAACAGGCUGGAGAGAGAAGGUUGCCCUCCUUGCAGACAAUUGAGCCCACUCGGCCCCUGAGCACUACUGGGGGGGCUUGGCUAAUUCCCGGCACCCCAAGGCCCAAGCAGCACCGCAUCCUCGGGCCCUCGGAUUGAAUUGCAGGCUCAGUCGGCCAAGAAUUUCCACGAGGGACCCCCAGCCUCCUGAGUACACGUGGAAGACGCUCCCUCCCCCCAAAAAAUAAGCAAAACAAAAACUUAAAAUGAGAAAUGACCUCACUGGGGGGUUUGUGGGGGAGCCCCGUGCUAGGGACUCCGGGGAUCAGAGCCAGGGGCCCUGGCGUGCCAGGCACGUCUCAGGGUUUUGCACUAUUUGCCAGGCUCUGAGGGACUCCUCAGUAUUUCUAGGGGUGCAGCGGGGGGUUGGUUUUUGUGCUCAGGGCUUACUCUUGGCUCUGAGCUCAGAGAUUACUCCCGGUGGAGCUCAGGGGACCGUUUGGAGUGCCAGACAUCGAACCUGGGCCAACUGCAUGUAUGCCAGCACCUACCCACUGUGCUCUCUUCCCCGGCCCGGGCCCCGCAGGGAACAGGAGGGAGAGGGGGGUGCAGUCAGGGACAGGCUUUCACACGCAGGGACUGUGCAUGGAGAUGCAGCAAGAUCCGCCACCCGAAUAUACCCCAGGCAGGAGAGCUGAGACCCAGAGCUCACCCCACUGGCCACAGGGCUCCUGAGUGCUCCCUAGUGCUCCCCCGUGUCAUUCGCUCCAACUCCGCAAGCACGCAGGAGUCACUCAGUGCUUCUGCCCAGCGGCCCUGCUUCCGAGACACAGCGGAGAAGUGGUUUCCCUUGCAGAAGCUCCCUUAGCUCUUGGGCCAUGGCACUUCGUCACAGCCUCUCUUUUCUUUGAAUACUCAGAGCCUGAAUGUCUCCGCAUGAUUGUAUCGAAAAGGAAUCGUAAUCAUUCCCUGCUUGCUCUUCGCUAAGUGGGUAGGAGAACCUUUGGAAAUAAUUCACGUUUUUGAAUUAAUAAAUUGGGUGCUGUCCUGCCAUGG